UGGAGGCGGGCCUUCGGGUGGAAAUAGUGUUAUCAAACAGGAAGUGUGACAUUUACGUCCCGAACUUGAGACGGGCGCCAUGGAGGUCUACGAGCAGGUCCAAAAGGGGCCCCUGAAGCUGAAAGGCGUCGCAGAGCUCGGCGUGACCAAGCGGAAGAAGAAAAAGAAGGACAAAGACAAGGCGAAACUUCUGGAAGCGAUGGGAACGAGCAAAAAGAACGAGGAGGAGAAGCGGCGCGGUCUGGACAAGCGGACCCCGGCCCAGGCGGCCUUCGAAAAGAUGCAGGAGAAGCGGCAAAUGGAAAGGAUCCUGAAGAAAGCAUCCAAAACCCACAAGCAGAGAGUCGAGGACUUCAACAGACACCUGGACACACUCACAGAGCACUAUGACAUCCCCAAAGUCAGCUGGACGAAGUAGCCUCCCCGCCCAGGACAAGGAGUGGCGUCGGGGGAAGCAGAAGGCAAAGUUGGGGUUAUGUUUGGUGCCUUUGGUUUUUUCCAGAAACAUUCUUUUACAGACACCCUGGCAUCUUCUGCCGAGCAGUGCUUUUCAGAGCAAUUUGCCCUCAUUUUGGAACUUGAUUAAAGUAAGACUGUCCUUUAACUCUCUUUUGAUUUCUUGGUAGCACAUAGAAGAUAAACCUCUUUAGUUUGGACUGGAAAUUUUUGAAAGUUUAUCCAGAGAUUAAGAUUAUUUCUGUGUACCUGCUAUGGAAAAGUGUUUUACUCCUGAGUCGUGUCUAAUUCUUGUGACAGCCAGCCAGCUAGCUUUGCCUGGAUGAACCUGACUCCAGAGGACAAGGAGCUGAUGCCAACAUGGACUGCAGCAUGUAGACCCCUGUAGGGCCCUGCAGGGGCUGCCCUUCCAAGCUCCCUCUAGCUUGGGGCUUUUGCACUUCCAUCCAGGGCCUGGGGAAGGCCCUUUCAGCUUCGUGGCCUUCAGACUGCCUCCUCGGCCACCGGGCCAGUGAGACAGUGCAGCUGGAGAAGCAGAACCACCUAAGGCAAGGAUGGAAUGUAUGCCUGUGGCCAGCAUGUGACCUCUUCUCCCAGGAUCCCCAUUCCAGACAUGUCUAGCAGAUGUUGCCUUGGCAGACAUUGCCAGUCAAGCACAGCAUUCUUUGCAGUGGAACCCAGACUCAGCCUGCCUUCUCACCCUCAACCCUAGGCUCUGAAGAGCCCCGCAUAUUUACUGAUUGUUGGCACAUCACAUGUUUGGUGUUGCUGGCCUGACGACACCCCUCAGGUGAGAAGACCAAGGCAGAGCCCCAGCACAGACGUGGGGGCAGUCAGAGGGAGGACCCAGGGUCCUGUGCUGGAGAGCCAGGAUCUUUGAGGGCCUGCACGGACCCGCCAGGUGAGGAUCAAAUUGCGUAUUGCUGUUGGGAGAAAGGAUGUUGACAGAUGCUGAAAGAAAACAAAGAAAAGAAAAACCAAGUGUUUGGGACUGUCAUGUGAAAGCAGAAUAAAACAAAAAACAGUUAUUAAA